AUGAAGGACUUGUUAAUGGUAGAUGCUGUAGAUGAAGCCCACGUCGUGGAUGAGAUUGUGAAACGCUAUCGUCAAAGCAACGUCUACACGUUCCUUGGGCCCGUUCUGAUCGCUAUGAAUCCGUACAUGACAUUACGUCAACUGAAUGGUGACUCCAUUUACGCACGGAAUAUGAUUGACGAGUUCCAGGGCAAGGAAUUGCAUUUGUGUGAACCCCACCCCUUUGCACUAGCUGAGAAUGCUUACUCGAACCUUAUGCGCUUUGGCUUGGACCAGAGUUUGCUCAUCACGGGUGAGUCAGGCAGUGGCAAGACUGAAACGUCAAAGCAUGUGAUGCGGUACUUGACAACUAUCAGCACACGCUCUAGAGCAAAGAGCGCUGUUAUGGCUAACCGCCGCAUGUCGGUGGCACAGCGCAAACAAGCUGACAACAUGACGAGUCAUGUGACCGAUGUCUUGUGGGGCAGCAAUCCCGUGCUCGAGGCCUUUGGUAACGCGCAGACUAUUCGCAACAACAAUAGCAGUCGAUUUGGUAAGUAUAUUGUACUGCAGAUGAAUCGCGUGGGUCAAGUCAUUGGUGGAUACAUCGACAACUACCUGUUAGAACGCAGUCGUGUGAUCCGUCAGGCCGAGGGAGAACGCAACUUCCACUCGUUCUAUCAGCUCAUGUCGGGUGCGACGGCGGAAGAGCGUGAAGCUUGGCAACUGCCAGAAAGUGCCGAGAAGUUUGAUGUGCUGGGCAACGAAGAUGCGACGAUCGAAGGCGUGGAUGAUGCGAAAAACUAUCUUUCUGUCCGUCAGAAUAUGACAGCUGUGGGUAUCGCGGAUGACGAGCAGCAUGAGAUCUUUCAGCAGCUUUCGGCAAUCUUGUGGCUGGGCAAUGUGCACUUUGAACAGACUACGGAUGAGGCGCACAACCCUCGUGCUGCUAUUGAAGCCCCUGAGGCGCGUGAGGCACUAAAUAAGGCUGCUACACUUUUGGGUAUUGACAAGGAAAAGCUCGAGGCGAUGCUGACGUAUCGAACUGUCAAUAUUUACCGCGAGGACCAGAAGGUGCUGUUUGACGCUCGUCAAGCUAAGAAAGUAUGUGACUCGAUCAUGCGCUCGCUGUACGAAAAGAUUUUUGACUGGAUUGUGGCUCGAAUCAACAGAAAUGUGACGUGCAAGAAGCGUGACAUUAACAACAGCAUUGGUAUCUUGGAUAUCUAUGGUUUUGAAAUCUUUGAAGUGAACGCGUUUGAGCAGCUGUGCAUUAACUAUGUGAACGAGAAACUGCAGCAACUCUUCAUUAGUCAAACGCUCGAGAGCGAGCAGGAGGGUUACCGCCGUGAAGGACUGAGCUGGCAAAACAUCACGUUCUUUAAUAACCAGGUUGUGUGCGACCUGAUUGAGGACCCAAAGCAGCACGGUAUUUUUCCGCUGUUGGAUGAGCAGUGCGCCAUUGCGCGUCUGUCGGACCUAGAGCUCAUUGAACGUUAUAACAGUGAGCAUUCAAAGAACCCUCACUACGUAGCGUCGCGUGUGCGCGGGCCUACGUUUGGCAUCCUUCACUACGCCGGCAAGGUUGAGUACGACGUGACGCUGUUUUUUGAUGCGAAUGCGGACACAUUCUUCAACGAUUUGCAGGAUGGCAUGGAACACUCGUCGAAUGCCUUUAUACGUGAGGUAUUCCUCGAGACGCGCACGAAGGAGCAAACUCUUAAGCGUCCGCCGUCGACAUCGCAGCAGUUUCGAACACAGGUUGCGGACUUGGUCAAAAAGCUGGACGGCUGUAACCCGCACUACAUUCGUUGCAUCAAGCCAAACGAUCUUAAGCGUCCACUAGCUGUGAACGAGGAGCUUGUUGCGGAGCAAGUCCGUUAUCUUGGUCUGGUGGAAAACCUGAGUGUUCGUCGCCAGGGUUUCUGCUACAGCCAACCGUACGGUCCUUUCAUUAAGCGCUACAGCUUUUUGUCAGACUCUACUUGGCCAGCGCCGGUUGCUCACACAUCUCGCAAGGCUGCCGUUGAUUUGCUUACGACUGUUGGACUUGGUGUGAGAAACCCGGACAAUCCGAGCGAGUUGAUUCCGUUUGAAGAGGACUCGAAAACGCUUGGAUGCUUCUCGCUCGGUCGCAACAAACUCUUUUUGCGUCAUCCACAAGCUCUUUCUGCGCUCGAAAUCUUACGCGAAGAGCGCAUACCGGUGAUUGUCAACAUUAUUGAGAAUGCCUGGCGCCGCUAUAAGAAUCGUAUUUCGCUUGGCGAUUUCCAGGCUGCUUCUAAGAAGCUCUUUUCCGCGUACGACGUCGUGUGGAAGAAUUGUCAGGACCGCCGGAAGCGCGUUCCAGGCUCUGCUGACAAGGAUCUUGUUGCAAAGCUGUACUCGAACUGGGAGGCUGCGUCCUCGAAGUUGCUGUACGCCAAUAAUAGCCGCUUAGUAAAGAACCUUCAGAAGGAAGAGGAGCUAAACUCGAUACUGUUCAUGCAGAGCUUUAUCCAAGCGCGUACACAGCGUCGUAAGUUUUUGAAGAUUAAGAAGGCGCAAGUCGUGUUUAGCAAGUGCUACCGUGGUCUGAGGACACGCCAGCAGCUUGGGAAUGACAUGUGGAGAUCGUGCAAGAUUGCCCUACUUGGUGUGCGCACGGAGUUCGAGCGCUACUUGGGUAAGAAGAAGCGUCGCCGCGAUUCAUUAGACCGCGUGUAUCAGGCUGACUACGUUGGUGUGAACAAGUACCCUGCCUAUUCUUCGAUAAUGCACAGUCACAUUGAAGGCCGGGGUUCGAAGGCAGGCACCGGUCAUGGCCAUAAAGAAAAGCUGUUGUUUUUGGGCACUGUGGAGAAGGUGAAUGAACGCUGGGCACAUCAGACGCGUGUGCUCAUGAUCAGCGAAACUCGUGUUUUCAACCUAAAAGCUGACAAGAUCCAGCAGCCGAAGGAACGGCGUGUGUUUGAACUAGCUCGCCUCACGGGGCUAGCCAUGAGCACGCAGCCAGAUAAUUACCUGAUCUUUCGUGUGAAGGGUGAGAUUGACCUGAUGGUGCAGGUGUCACAGAAGACAGAGGUGGUGCAGGCGCUGCGUAACCGCAUGGAGAAGGCGUACGGGCGUGAACUUCCUGUGGAGUUUUCGGACGAACUAGACUUUUACGCUGCGAAGGGGAAACAGCUUAAGGUCAAGUUUCAUUUUGACCGUUCCAUGAAGGACUCAGAAUGGACCAAGGUGGACCGCCACACGAUGCACGUCAAGGUCGGUAUCAUUUAA